AUGAGCACAAACUUCUUUCAGUUUUUUGGAGGGCAGAAAAAGGUUACCCGAGAUGGCCAACCCGCCAAACGACGAGGUCCCAAGCCAGACAGCAGGCCUGCCUUGACACGACGACAGGAACUGAAUCGGCAGGCACAAAGAACCCACCGCGAGCGCAAAGAGCAAUAUAUCCGGUCCCUGGAAACUGAAGUUUCCCGACUCCGGGAGGCUUUCACUCAGGAGAUGUCUGCAGCGAACCUCGCCGUUGUCCAGCAUCGAGAAAUGCUGCAGACGGUGAACGAUGAGAAUGCGAUCUUGAAGGAACUUCUUACCGCACAUGGGAUUCAAUUUGAGGCGGAUUUGGAGCGUCGCAGGGCGGAACGACGGUCAGCAGGCCGAGGUUUCCAGUCGAGCCCGUUGGCCGGCAGUAGUGUGGUAUCUCAGGCGCCCGCAGCACUAGCAGCCUCCAACGGCAACACCUAUACCACACCACCAACCACAGUAUCGAACGUCUCGUCAGACUUGAGUCCUCUGGCGAUUGGGAUGGAACGGGUGGAAAUAUCCCCCACACACGAAAUCACUCCUCCACCCCCUAUUGCCAUGAUGACGGCUUCGUCGUGCGAGAUACCAGCCAAUCUCGAUCUAUCGGCCAUUGCUCGAAAUCAAGAACCUGUCCAGGCUGUUGGGGGUAUAUUCGAGGUGGACCCCCAGCUUCAGAUCGAUUUUAUACUCACAUUGGAAUCCCCUUGCCGCGAGCACACCGACUAUCUGUGCCGAAGAUCUGUCACCGAGGCAGAUGACGAGGACAUGCCGUUCUCAGGCCACGCUCUGAUGGCCACCUGCCCCCCGCCGAGUUACAUCGCCAACACAACGCCAGAGCAGGCCUAUCCACACAAAACCUACGAUCUUCCGCACGCCAACCUAACAACUCUACUCAAUCUCAGUCGACAGCUCGUGACAGAGGGGCAGAUCACCCCAAUCAUGGCGCUGCAGUGUCUGAAGAACCACGAACUGUACCGCACCCUGACCAAGGAUGAUGUCAAGGUCAUCAUCGAGACGCUCAACACCAAAGUACGAUGUUACGGCUUUGGAGCCGUUGUCGAAGACUUUGAGCUCAUGGACUGUCUAAGCAGUGUCCUGGGGUCCAAGGUGGAUACCAGGUUCUCCUGCGCGGGCGACGAUACGAUGUACUCGUGA